AUGUUAACUCCCACUACUCCAAUAGCUAUGUACAGUUUGAACAAGCAGUUUCUUGGAAAUACUACUGCCGUGGUCGAAUUAUUUUGGGAUGUUUUAAAUUGCAACAUUAAACUUUUUGUGGCCCCAAUGCUCGAAUAUCCAAUUAUUUUAGGCGCUGAUGUGUCACGUCAGUUCCGAAAAUUUCCACUGAAAUUGAAGGUCAUACCCCCUGGUGAAGAUAUCAACUUAGUAUCAAUUGACCCAGAUAACUUAAUGACCAGUCCUACCAUUGAAGAACGCUGGUUUGUUCAGCAAUCAAUGAACACCAAAAUUAGUCCAAGGGAUGAUCUCACUGGAGAUAAGUUAGGUCCAUUAAUAUCAAACGACCGUCACCAACAUGUUUCAAAAGAUAUUAGUGAUUUCCUUAAUGACUUGUCAGAACAGUAUAGUGAAAACUUGUUAUCAAAACCACCACUACUCCAACCUAAGGAUAGCGUUUUUCAUCAUAAGAUUCGUUUGAAAGAUCCAAAUGUUUUCCCUAACUUGAAACCAUACAGAAUCCCCCGUGAUAAACUUGAAGCUUUGGAUCAACAGUUACAUCAACUAUUAGAAACGAAGUAUAUCAGACCAUCAGCUAGCAGCUGUUCAAGCCCUUGUUUAUUUGUUCCCAAAGCAGAUGGAAGUUUGAGAUUAGUUAUUGAUUACAGGAAACUCAAUUCAAAUACAAUUGCUGAUUCUUUUCCUUUACCACAAACGGAGGAUUUGUUGGAAAGUAUUGGCUCCUGUUGCUAUCUUUCCAAAUUGGAUUUAAUUCUGGGCUAUCAUCAAAUUCCUAUGGAUCCUGAAAGUGUACCUCUUACGGCUUUUGUGACCCCUUAUGGUUUAUUCGAAUGGACAGUCAUGCCAUUUGGGUUACGAAACGCUCCUGCCACUUUUCAGAGAGCCAUGAACACCAUCUUUCAAAAAGCACUCAACCGUUUCAUUAUAAUUUACCUUGAUGAUAUUCUUGUGUUCUCAAAAACCAAGGACGACCAUUUUAAACACCUCACAUAUGUUUUUGAAACGUUAAAGGAAAAUGGAUUUGCGGCUAAGAUUUCCAAAUGUGAAUUUUUUCGUAAACAAUUACGGUUCUUGGGUCAUAUUAUAGCACCAAAUCAAGUUCGAACUGAUUCUGAUAAGUUGAACGUGUUGAAGGAAUGGCAGUUACCCAUUACAAAGAAAGGAUUUCAAUCGUUUGUCGGUUUCGUUAGUUAUUACCGCAAAUUUGUAAAAAAUUUUGCUGUCAUUGUUAGACCACUUGUGUUAGCUGGAUUAGGCCAGUUACGUCCAAAGGAUCCAACUGUGCAAGAAGCUUUUGAGAAGGUAAAGUCAUUGUUGUGUAAUGCAAAUUUUUUGUUGACUCCACGUCUGGGAGCUUGUUAUGUUAUUACAACUGACGCUUCUGAUUUCGCUAUUGGUGUUAUCAUCGAGAUACUUGGAAAAAACGGAAAAAUAGAAGGUACAGUGACUCACUAUAGCCGGUCCUUGAACACGCAUGAACGUCAUUACAGCAUACGUGAGAAGGAGCUUUUUGCCCUUAUUCGAGUCCUCGAUCGUUAUAAACAUUGGUUACUUGGUCACAAAAUAAUCGUUCGAACGGAUCAUCAAUCUUUAUCCUUUUUAUUGAACAGUCAUAAUCCACCAAAUUUUAAACUUGCACGUUGGUUAGAGCGAUUAUGCCAAUUUGAUAUCCUGAUUGAAUAUAUUAAAGGCCAUACCAAUAAAGCCGAUGCAUUGUCCAGAAGAUUUGAGCUUGAAUUGGCAAAAUCUGCAAAUAAAUUCGAAGAUGAGUUGAAAAUUGGAUUACAGAAGGAAGACGAGAAAACUGUCUCUAAUGAUUUGAUGACGGUUGCGCCUGUUGGUAUAAUUUCAAAUAAGAACCGGGUGAUGGUGCAAAGUGUGACUAUUUUCAACAAUUCGCAUUUUGUUUUCGACGACGAUUUUUUCGACAAAAUCAGAGACGGUUAUAGGCAGGAUGAAGAAUGCUCUACAAUUUACAGUGUCUUAACCAAUAAUUUACCAGUUCCAAAAGAGAUUAAGGCUCGAAUUCGUCAUUUUUAUUUGAUUGAUAAAUUACUUAUGUUCAAAGGAUAUGAUCUUCAAGCUGAACCAAUACAACGUCUUUGGGUACCAAAAUCUUUGCAACACCAAGUCAUUACCAAACAUCAUGCAGCGGAUAGCAAUCUUCACCCUGGAGCUGAGGUUACUUUUCUUGAGUUAUCACAAUACUACUAUUGGCCUAAAAUGUUGGCAUCUGUUAAAACGUUUGUUCGAUCCUGUGCUAUCUGCCAAGCAAUAAAACCACCCAACCACAAUCCUUAUGGGCUUCUUCAACCAUUACCAAUACCUAAGGAACGAUGGAGUCUGAUUAGUAUGGAUUUUGUCGGCGGUUUCCCAGAAUCACAAGGAAAAGACUAUAUUCUUGUUGUGGUUGAUCGAUUAACUAAAAGAGCUCAUUUUUGCCCUUGUUCAAAAACAAUUACGGCUCGUGGUGCUGCAGAAUUAUUUGCCUCAGAAAUUUUCAAACAUCAUGGUCUACCGGCUGAAAUUAUAAGUGAUAACGAUGUGCGUUUCACUUCCACCUUCUGGAUCAACUUCCAUAAAGAACUACAAAUCCUCUUAAAGUUCUCAACCGUUGCUCAUCCACAGACAGAUGGUCAAACAGAACGCACCAAUCGUUCCCUCAUUCAGUUGUUACGUGCUUUUGUUGAUUAUCAAGAUCGUGAUUGGUUGUUGAAACUACCGUUGGUAGAAUUUGCUUAUAAUUCACAUGUUCACAAAUCCACUGGAUUAUCACCAUUCCAAGCGGACAUCGGGUUCAAUCCAUUACCACCACAUUUGGAUAGUCGUUUAGUCCAUCAUGAAGCUAUGCGUUCAAUACCUGGAAAUCAACGUACUGGCGAAGAUUUUGCUCGUAUGCUUCAAUUUACCCAGGAAUUAGUACAACACAACAUGCUAAAUGCUCAAAAGGAUGCUGAACAACAGUACAACAAGCACCGUAAAGAACUCAUAUUGAAAGUCCAAGAUCAAGUUCUACUUCACCGAAACGCCAACCUUUUCGUUCAAAGUUUCAAACUCACAAAGCAAUCUAAUUUGUUUUUUGGUCCAUAUCGAAUUUCACGAGUCUACCCCAACAAUCCUAACAUAUAUGAUGUUGAAGUAGGCAUUAGCCCAAAUUUUGGACGAACCUUCAAUGUAAAACAUAUCAAGCCAUAUCAUUCUGGAGUAUUGCAAUUUCCAAAAGAACCUCCACUACCAACUAUGCCGUACUUGAGGUUAUUUGCUCAAACUCAACUGAUUAAAGCAGUAGUCGGAUUAAACUUACUUGAUCAAAUGAUUGCUUUCACCUUUCAUGAAUGUGAUCCAAGUCACGCUGUUGUUUUCGAUAUUGAUGUUGCUCGUCAAGCUAUACCACCGACGUAUUUGGAUAGAUUGCUUUCGGAGUUCAAUGCAGCAGUACAAUCGGAUACGGUCACCAACUCACCCAACAUCCUCACUACUCCUACUACUUCCUCUGAUCCGGACUGA